AUUUUGUGGAUGAAACUUAUCUAGAUGUAAUGAGCACGCACAAUUUAUUACAUAAGUUCUAUCAACGAGACCAAAAUCAUCUACAAAUUUAUAUUUAGCGGGUAUAGCUACCAUCCGUGGACCGGAUAAAUAAAUAUACCUACCAUUGCAUGACAGCACCCGACUGUGAAGCGCACUACAUUUAGUUGCAUUCAGGGGUUUGUAUUCACUAUUCAGGAAAUUUUGAUAGAGGUGGUCAGAAGUUGGGGUUAUAUUCAGAUUAUAUUGGUUCAUGGUUACCAAUAUAUUGGAUGGUGCUUGCUAUUGGGUUUAUUUACGUCCUAUAUUCACUGAAAACAAACGGAAACGAAAUGGUUGAUCGGCGUUUUGGAGAUUUCUAUGCCGCACUGCCUCCAUCAACUUCUGAAGUAGUUGUGGGGCCAAAUGCAAAUCAAAAAUAUGAAUACAAUGUAGUAAAAUUGCUUCAUAAAAUUUGUAAACAAAAUACUGAAGAUAUAAGUGAAGAAGUCAAAUGGCCUUUUAUAAUGAGAGGUUUUCGUCGAAAGCCACGUGCAAAGUGUGUGAAGAAAAAAAAACUUUUAUCUUUGAAAGAAAGACGUGAAUUGGGUUUAUAUAAACUGAGAAGAAAUGGUAUGAAAUACAGAGAUUUUCUCCCUCUUCAUAAUUUAUGGCAAGAGUAUUUCAUUGAUUACAUUGAUUUUCCUUCAUUAGAGGAGCAAAACUUUACUGGCAGCCCAAAUGACAGGCAGUUGGGGAACGUUUCAUUGAAGCUUAUGAAAGCAGACUAUCAUGGUGCCAUAUUGUGUGUUAAAAAAUCAAUAUGUAGUAGUCUGGUUGGUAAAAAAGGAAUUGUGGUUUUCGAUACAAAGAAUACUUUUCAGCUCCUGGAUGAAGAUGAUGUUUUAAGAAUUAUCCCAAAAGAGUCAAGUGUUUUUACUUUAAAAGUGCGUGAUUUCACAUUCACCAUUCUGGGGAACCAAUUUUGCAUUAAAUCUUCAAUGAGAAAUUCAAAAAAAAUAAAAGGUUGUAUUAGCAUGGACCUGUAAUAGAUCUGAAAUUUUCUGAAGAAAAAAACUUCUUUUAUUUUUUAUAACAAUUGUAAAUACAUUGCAUCUUUGUACACAAGUUGUCAAAUAAAAUAAAAUGCACACCUAAAAUUUUGUAUGUUUAUGACUACUUUGAACUGCUACUUUUUUGUCUUAAUUUUACAGUUCCUGUAUCCUAGAUUUCCUGCCCUUUAUGAAUAAAAAUAUAAUUAUAAUAGUUUUUAAAUGUUUUGCCAUUGUUUGCACACAUACAUAAUAUCUCAGAAAACUCAAUGAUAAGGAGAAAUUAUAAAUAAAUACCUCUACCUAAGGGGUUGAUUUAUGGGUCAAGAGAUUCAGACAUGGAAUUAAUUUGGGCACUCUGCUGCAUUGCAGAGUGCUAAAUUAAUUCCUAGCCAACAAUGAGAACACAUCACAAUCAAGAACCAGUGAUGAUAUCACAUCACAUACUUCAACAAAAAUCGGACCUGAGCAACAUUUUUAAAAUGCCUACUUCACUCUCUCUACCUGUGGAAACAUUUUGAUUUUGAGAAAAUCUUGUUUUUAAAAUUUAUUUAGUGCAAAAUUAUUU